UGAUUGAUAAUGACAGGUAAACAACUAGUCAUUACUCGGUCAAAUGUUUGGGGUAGGAGGAGCCACGUCUGGAUGCGGAAGAGGGGGCAGCGGCGGCGGAGGGCGGUCGUGGCCGUCCACGACAUCGGUUUCAGCUUCCGGAAAACGAAUACAGAAAGAGAUGACGGAGCUUAGCUGGGAGCUUCUGCCCGACUGUGCCGCUGGCCCGAAAGGGGAUAAUCUUUACCAUUGGGUCGCCACUCUCUUCGGCCCCCCUGGGACACCUUAUGAUGGCGGAAUAUAUUUCCUUGACAUAACAUUUCCAUCUGAGUAUCCAUUCAAACCUCCUACGGUUGUUUUCAAAACUCGCAUCUACCAUUGCAACGUUGAUCCUGCUGGCCUUGUUAAUUUGGUCAUUUUGAGAGAUGGCUGGAGUCCAGCUUUAACAAUUUCCAAGGUGCUACUUGCUCUCAGAUCUAUGUUUAUGACCCCCGACACAUGUAAGUCAUUGUUUAUGGCCCCCGACAAUGUCCAACGUUGAUCCUGCUGGCCUAUGUCUAUGUUUAUGACCCCCGACCCCCGACACAUAUAAUGCCGUUGUUCCUGGUAUUGCUCAGUUGUAUUUGGUUAAUAGAGCACAGCAUGAUGAACUAGCUGCAGAGUGGACUCAAAGGUUUGCAAAGUAAAAUUGGUUGGGACUUGUCUGGAUCAGAAUACUAUUUGCAUACCUCAUAGUCAGCCUAUUGCUUCUCCAGCAAUAUAUGUUAGGAAACGUGCACAAGACUAGAGUAAAAAAUACCUGUUUUCUCGGCUGUGAUGUGAAUAGGUGAUUAAUUUACUAGCCUGAUUGUCACAUGUUACAAUAUCAGGUUCUUUCACACGACUACUGGCCUUGUUGGGUAAAACCCUCAUCUGUCUUUCGAUUUUUGGGCUGGUUUAAACACUUUUAGCUGCUUUGGCGAAAAUUUAUGUUUGGUGAAUAGAAUGUGGGUUCAACACUUCAACUUAUAUCUCUCCAAAAACCAAUUUCACAAAGGCCCAGCAAUAUCAUCUCUUUUUUUGCUAGACUAAAUGAUCAAAAUCACCUUUAUUAGUAAAAAUUCAGCAGAUGGUUUCAUUUAGAUAUAAAAAUAUAUUCUUGAUACUGUUCCAAUGACUCCCUACAGUGUGUUGGUCCUGAGCUAUUUUCAGCUAACAAGUUCAUGAGAAUAUAAUAUUUGAGUGUGUAUGUUUGCCAAAGUACAAUAAUGCACAUAUUGC